UUUUGACUCAAGCCCAAGCCGCCCUCGGAGCCAUGCUGCCGGAGCCAGCCGCUUCCUGGCUGCCGCCCCUGCUGGGCCCGCGCGCGGUCCCGCCCGCCGCCGACAUUCACGAACUCUUCGUCGAGCAGGCCGCUGGGAGCCCGCUGCGCCUGGCGGUCGAGACGGAGCCCCUGGAGGACGGCCAGCGGGAGCCGGAGGAAGAGGCCGAAGAUUCCCUCGACGAGUGCGCCCUCAGCUUCGCCACGCUGCGGGAGCGGGCCUGGGCGCUCGCAGCGGAGAUCCGGACGAGGGCCGCAGGAGGCGAGGCCGUCGGCGCGGCCUUUGUGGCCAUCUGCCUGCAGCGGACGCCCGCCCUCGUCGUGGCGAUGCUGGGCGUGCUGGCGGCCGGCCGGGCCUACGUGCCCCUGGAGCCCACGCACCCCGGGGCGCGGCUGCGCUUCGUGCUGGAGGACUCGGGGGCCCCUCUGCUGGUCACCUGCUGGUGCGCCCGGCGCCGCGGCCUGCUCCCUGAGGGCCGCUUGGUGCGGGUGACUGCCGUUGGGGGCCGCGUGCUCUCCGCUCGGCGGGGCGGCGGCGCGAGCGCGCCGACCACGCUCGACGCCUGCCGGGGCUCCGCGGCGCCCUCGGCCGCGCGGGGCCCCACCGACGCCGCGCAGCUCCAGAGGCCCGCGUACCUCAUGUACACUUCGGGGAGCACCGGCGUGCCCAAGGGGGUCGUGGUGCCGAGGCGGGGGGUCCUCAACGUGCUCCACGCCUUCAAUGACGCAGUCCGCGGGGGCGCACCCCCGCCCGCAGGGAGGGAUGGUCAGCCGCUGGAGAUUCUGCUCGCUGUGACGACCUACUGCUUCGACAUCUCCGUGCUGGAGAUCUUCUGGCCCCUCUGCUUCGGCUUCACCCUCUUCCUCGCCGGCGCCGGCACGUCCAGGAGCGGCCCCCGCCUCCUCGCACUGGUGCGGCGGCUGCAGCCGCGAGUGCUGCAGGGCACUCCCGCGACGUGGCGCUCCCUCGUCAGCGCAGGCUGGUGUGGCCAGGGCCAGAUGGCCGCCAUCUGCGGCGGUGAGGCUUUCCCCCCCGCGCUCGCGGAGCCGCUGGCCGGCCGCGCUGGCGGCGGCGUCUGGAACGCGUAUGGCCCCACGGAGGCGACGAUCUGGGCCACGACCCACGCCCUGCCGGCGCCCCCAGGUCUGGCGGAGCUCCGCAGCGUGCCCAUUGGCAGGCCGUUGUCCAACACGGAGCUGCUCGCCGUGGAGGCUGGCGGCGCCGAGGGGGAGCUCUUCAUCGGCGGCGCCGGCGUGGCGCUCGGCUACCACCGGCGGCCCGAGCUCUCCGCGGAGCGCUUCCUGCCGCGCGGUGCGCUGCCCGGAGGUGGGCCUGUCGCGGCGCCUUCUGGCUGCGCCGCCGGCGCUGGCAUGUUCUACCGGACGGGCGACUUGGUGCGGCUGCUGCUCUGCGGGGCGUUGGAGUUCUUGGGCCGCAUGGACCAGCAGGUCAAGUUCCGGGGCUUCCGCGUGGAGCUCGGCGAGAUCGAGGCGGUGUUGGAGCAGCACCCGAGGGUUGCGAGCGCCGCGGCGGCGCUCGUCGUCGGCGACGCGUCCGUCGGCAGAAGCAGCGACGAGAGCGCAUCCCUCACAGCGUUCGUGGUGCUCCGCCGCGAGGAGGAACACCCGCGGGGGCAAGGCGCGUCGGGCCCGCAGGCCGCCGACAGUGGCGUCGGAGGCAGGGGCGGUCCAGUGCGCGGGGUGUUCCCUGCAACCCAGCCGGGGCUCCGGUCUCAUGCUGCCUCGACGUUGCCGGCGUACAUGGUUCCCCGGCACGUCGUCUUCUUGCCCAGCUUGCCGCUGACGGCCUCAGGGAAGGUGGACCGCGGCGCGCUGGCAGCGGCCAGGGCCGCUGCCAGCGCGGAGGCAGGCCGGAAGGAAAGCGGCCCCGCGCCCGGCGCCGUGCUUCGCGAGCUGGCGGCCAGCCCCGUGGCGCGCCUGUCCGCGCUGGUGGCCGCUGCCACAGGCGUGGACGUGGUCGGGCAGGCUGCCGGGGACCCAGACGUGGAGCUGGCGGCGCUGGGCGUGGAUUCCAUGAGCGCGGUGCGGCUCGCGGAGGCCGUGUCGGCGGAGCUGCUCGGCGGGCGAGAGGUCCCUCUGGAGCUCCUGCUGUCGGAGAUGACCCUCUCUGGGCUCGCGCGCUUCGUGGAGAGCUGCGGCGGCGAGGACCGGCGCGCCGAGGGCCCCGCGCGCGGA